UAGUGAACAAAUGUGGUAGUUGCUUCUUAAACGCGUUACUCAUAGAAUAAAAGAGUAGGUAUAUUGUAUUCGUUGAAAAGAAUAUAACAGGGAAAAGAAAGCGUUUUCGACCUAUAGAAUAUAUGUAUUCUUGAUCAGGAUCAAUAGCCGAGACGACGGAGGCCGCAUGUCUGUCUGUCCGUAUGAGCUUGAAAUCUUGGAAACUUUUAAAGCUAUUUUAAAGCUAUUAGAAGUUAUUUAGUUAUAAAGCUCUCUGCCGCCACUCUGCCGCUGCUCGGCCGCUGCUUUGCAUUCAAAAGAUUAUCCUAUGCUCAUUAGAUAGUGCCGUGGUGAUCGCUGAUUUAGAGAAAGAAGUUUGAGUUCAGUUUUGGCAAUGCAAUUCGACAGAAGGCGGCACCUAGACCGGUAUCUUUUUUUGUUGGGGAAUAUUUAGUUUGAAGUUUGUUAGCUAAGUAACGGGUUUCCAAUACUCGGGGAACUCGACGAUAGUGUUUCUUCUUGUUUGUUAUUGAUCCAAGUGGUAUUCAAAUUUUAAAACAAUUUUAUACUGGACUAUCAUGGUAUGUUGUGACCAAUCUAUCUUCUGUCAAUAUAAGUUAUCUAAAAUACAUUUCAAUAUAAACUACAUUCACAUUUUUACAUUUUGUAGCAUUGAAAACAAAAGGAACUUAAUUGUCAGGUUGUCGUAGCGCCUGUGUGCCUGACUUUUUACCACCAAUUUCAACUAUAACAACGGGCUUAAACCUUGAACCUCCUAACUAUGACACAUUUGGCAAGGAUAACCAAAACCAAACCGACCCAAAUUGUGCAUGAUGUGUUUGUACAGAAAAGUGAGAUGAUCUCCAUAAGAAACCUGCUCGUGUUCUUUAAUAAAACACUAGAUUGCGAAUUGCUGAGCAUGGACGACCUAAAAACAGGGGCAGUAUACUGCCAGGUCAUGCAUAGGCUCUUUCCAAAGUCAAUUCUUAUCGAAAAAGUCAAGUUUUAUACGCACAGCAAAGUCGACUUUAAAUUAAAUUUUCGGCUGUUGCUAAACUGCUUUGAAAAACUAAAAGUAACGCGGUAUCUUCCGGUGGAAGAAUUAAUUUUGGGGCACAGUCACUAUGACCUUUGCAACUGGAUGUACAAAUUCUUUCAAACCAACGAUAAUGGGCGCGAAUACGAUGCAAAAAAAGUUAGGAAAAACUCGUCCAUCGGCCUCAGCAGAGGUCCCAAGUUCGUUGGUAUGACAAGCCAUGCCAAUGCCAUGCAAAAGUGUCAGUCGAUGAUCUUUAAUUAUAUUAAAGACCCGAACAAGUACGAAAGAAGAAGUUGCUUGGGUAGUAUAAGCUAUGAUCGUAUCAAUUUCACAAAGACUUUGCCGGACAAGCAAAUUAUAAAGCAGAAGUCCAAGCCGCCCCCAAAGAAAAGCGCAAUUUUUUUGGAAUUUCACCCAGAGAGCAAGUACGUGCCCCUACCAUCGGAAAGCGAAGAUGAACUGAAUUUGGGAGGUCAGCAAUCUUUUCGGCAAAACAAGCUUUUGGACAAACUCAGUUCUGAUGAAAAGGUUUUGACACGGGCAUUUUUCACAAUCGAGAUGUCAAACAACCCGAGGAGUCUUAAGAAUGGUCGAGAUUCCACAGGUUUUAAGUCUUUGAAAGCUCUGAGCAACAAGUGCAAUCAGUACAUAAUUGAUCUUCAGACCAAGGUUCUUAUUAUCAAUGAUUUAAAAUGCAAGAUACGUAGCUUGGCCACAACGAUAAAAGAGCUCACUGAAAAGUUUAAGAAUAUGGAACAAGUGUUAAUCAAAUACGGUGACAAUCCGACGUGUGCUGUUCAGAAAAUAAAGAACAUCCUCUUCUUGGAUCCCCAAAUGGCGGCAGUACCUCUGAGAAGACCUCAUAGAAGACGGGAUUUCAAAGAAUCAUACCAUUCUGAGGAAAAGGCUUUCACAAUAGAAUUUUCAAACAACCCGAAGAGUCUUAAGAAUGGUCGAGAUCCCACAAAUUUUAGGUCUCUGAGCAACAAGUGCGAUCACUACAUAAGUGAUCAUCAGACCAAGGUUCUUAUUAUCAACGAUUUAAAAUGCAAGAUACGUCGUUUGGACACAAAGAUAAGAGAGCUCACCGAAAAGUGGAAUAAUAUGGAACACGUAUUUAUCAAAUACAGUAACAAUCCGACGUGUGCUGUAAAGAAUAUGAAAAACAUUCUUUUUAUUGAUCCCCAAGUGGCGGCAGUACCUCCACGUAGACCCCAUGAAAAAGGGGAAACUAACCAUGAUGCAGCAUCCCAUUUCAAGGUUCAGCUAAUCAAGGAAGGAAGUUUUAUAAAACACCAAACGAUGCCAAACGAUAAGGUAUAUUGUCAUUUAAUGCCUUCACGUCAUAGCAAAGAAACCAAGACGUGCAUCGAAUUUGUAUCCAAAAAGUCUGUAGACUCUUUCAACGAUGAUCCAAGCCGCAAUCAUAUGAACCGUUCGAGCAACGAUCCGACAAUACUCAAUUGUCAUUCGAAGAGGUAUACCAAACAUGCAUUGGACUCAUUGGUCGAAGAUGAACAACAUAACACGCGCUCUAGAUCUCCGGUCGGCAUGCAUUGCUGCCAUAUUAGGGAUUGGACGGACAUACCCGCAGGUCACCAGGAUAGACGAUGUUCCGAGGAAAGGGAUUCAUGCAAUAAAAAAAUUGUAAACAUAAAAAGUCCAACUCGGAUUCCUAAGAUGGUAAAGUCACAUGGUUGCAAUAUUGAUAUUGAAUAAGAAGCAAUGAAACCAUUUAAUUGUUUUUGAAUAGAAAAGUUAAUCUUUCUGAAUUAUUUUAUAGUUGCUUUAAAGUUCCUUAAACUUGGACUUCAAGAAGGAUGUUUAUAAACAACAAACUGUGUAAAACAAAGCAGUUGCUCCAAAUUUCUGUUACCACUUACCAAAUUAAAUUAAUAUUUCUGCCUUCAUUAAAAAUUUAAGUAAGAAGAGUUUAUACUUUCCAAUAAAAU